AUGUACCUCUUCACGGAUGCCAGUCGGGUUGGCAUUGGCGCUUGUUUGGCGUCCGGGCCCAACCGUUCGCAGGCCGUUCCAACGCGAUUCUUUUCCGCUAAGUUCAACAGUGCUCAGCUCAACUAUCAUGUCACUGAUCAAGAGUUCUUGGCUGUCGUCUCGGCGUGUCGGGCGUUCGAGCAGCACUUGAUCGGUUACCCCUUCGUCAUUGACAAGCGACGUCGGAGGGGAUGA